CACACAGACACCAGCGUCUCUCCCCCCCCCCUCUUCACACAACCUCUAGCAAUCCAUUUUGAAGUCGUCAAUGUGGUCUUCAGUAAAAGGGGCGUGUGCUGGGGGCUAUUUCGGGGCUUGCGCUGCAACGAUACCGUAGGCACCGCCCAUGUCUAGAGCAGUAGUGGUGAUGGAGCGUGCGUUGCCACCACUCCCGUACACGAUCUUACCGUUGACACAUGAUCCUUGGCCUCUUGACCAAAAGGACCAACAUUCGACGACAACACAUGUCCCGUCCUAUUCAUCGUCGCUGCUUCUGAAAGCGUUGCUGGCGGCGUUUGUCCUGGUGAUGAUCAUCGUCACUGUGGUCGGCAACGCACUGGUCUUUCUGGCCGUCGUAUUGGUGCGGAAACUCCAACAACCCGCCAACUUCCUCAUUGUUUCUUUGGCCAUUGCUGACUUUUGCGUCGGAAUGCUGGUGAUGCCACUUGCUCUCGUUGAUCUGCUUUUCCCUGAAUGGCCCCUGGGCAGGUCGAUGUGCAAGUUAUGGACGACUGCCGACCUGACUCUUUGCACAGCUUCCAUAGUGAGUCUAUGUGCAAUAUCUGUGGAUCGCUACCUCGUCAUCACAAGGCCUCUGACAUAUUCGGCGAUGAGAACGAAACGUAGAAUGCUUGUCUAUGUAGCAGUUGUAUGGUUAAUUGCAGCAGUUGUUAGCCUAUCAUCGCAUAUCAUUGCAAAUCUGCUCGAUACCUCGGAGUCAGACAGUAGGAUUUGUCAGGUCAUCCAACAUUUUGCAUAUCAAAUUUAUGCGACAAUCAUUGCCUUCUAUGGACCAACACUCAUCAUGCUGAUACUGUAUGUGCAGAUUUGGCGUGCAGCCAAUCAAAUCGCACGAAAAGACCACGAUCAGACGACUCACACACAUGCGAUCGACGAGAAAAAUGCAAAAGACCAUGUAGACAUGAUACCGGAGUCACGAAGUUCCAUACAAAUCGUGAAGAAUGACCAUCGUGGAUAUCUGCAGCGGCCGAGUGCAUUACUACAUGCUGUUAAAGUGCCUUUGAUUCGACAAAAUGAUGGCAACGAUUGCAAAGCUCGAAAGACCUUGGGAAUGAUUAUGAGUGUAUUUAUCAUCUGUUGGCUGCCGUUCUUUAUACUGGCACUGGUGAAAACUUGCCAUCCUGUGCCUUAUUGGUUAGAUGUGUUUACCCUAUGGCUUGGAUAUUCAAACAGCACUUUGAAUCCCGCUAUCUACUGUAAGUACAACAAGGAUUUUCGCGUUCCGUUUCGAGAAAUGCUGGCUUGCCGUUGUGCUACUUUACAGGAUGUGAUGAGGCAGCAGUCUUUCACUAGUCGAUAUGGACCAGUCAUUCCUCGAAGGAAUGACAGUCAUCCGGAAUGCUCAGAUGUAUAAAUCAGCGCUCCAGUUCCAAGAAAUUAGAACCAUAUCGCCAAAGCUGCGAAGACAUGACCUAUAGCGGUCCACUCCCUUGGAAGAAGCCUUUACCCAUAAAGCGCUCAAAUAUUUCUGUCAUAAACGUCAUCUUGCCACCUUACGUCAUCCAGGUCAUGUAUUCAGGUUACAUGUCUCACCAAAGAGUGUAUGUAUAGCAGAAAAUUGAGUGUUUAUACGGUGCCUCAUGCAGUGAACUUAGAAUUCACUUCAUUUAGAUGUUAUAAUAGAAAAUUAUCAUUUGCCUCCCAUAUCGGCCAUGUCGGGAUACUAGGUGCCAAUAGAGCUUCUAUUAUGUUCAAUUAAUUCUUUAUCUGUUUUUCAAUGCUUUCUUCUUGCGAUGUUUGUAGCAAUAAUGUGACUAUUAAUUUAUUCGAUGCUUUUCAAUGUCGUAAUGCAACAUAGAACCGGUUAAAUUCACUUCGUUUUGUUGCCAAACUAGUUGCCUUAGACUGUGAAUCUGACUUAUUUCGUCAGUUGUGUCUUGUACGGGCCAUAGUGUGAAGAUAUCUCUAGAC